AUGAAAGCCCAUGAAACUCAUUGGGGUGCUGUGGCGAGAGGCAUGCCACAUGUCACAUCUUUGGAAACCCACUUAAAAUGUAGUCAGGACUUGAUGUGCAGCACAACACAGAUAUCAAUGAUACUCAGUAGAAUUGACACAACUGCGAAGGCAACUUCCAGAACUUCGUGCUUCUUCAGCUUCUCGGGUCUCGAAGAUCCUCCAAAACCAAUUACAGAAAUCUUUGCCUACACUGGGCAGCAUGAUGCUCCAACGUCUAUCAAAGAUGAUCAUAGAUUACGUAAUGUGCUCCAUGUCUGCAAGGUGCACUCCAAGCGUAUACUGACGAUAUCUUUGGAAAGUCCUAGGAAAAGCUUCUCCGAAUGGAAGUUUGCCGACGUCUGUCAUAAAUAUGAUCUUUCUAUUAACCCAGAUCCAGAUCUUCCACUGCUAUUACCAGUGCUCCUAUUCGAACUGAAACUUUCGCCAUUGGAUACAGCUGAACGCGUGCAAGCUUUUGAAUCGCUUGUGAAGGAAGUUGAAGAUAGAGCGCAAACACUCCUACUGGUCGGCUCAAAUGAAUCAACAAGGUCUCUGAUCGUUGCGUCCUUUCUUGUAUGCGCUACGAAGCUGUUCAAGUCAGACAUGUACCUUGCGUGCGAAAAAAAAUCUGGUCGGACGCCGAGGAAGUGCGCCAGUCGACUAUUCUGUACAUACAAGAUUGAAUAUGGAUUUUGUUCUCAAUGUUACCGAGGUGAAGGAGGAAGACUUUAA